AUGAGGAGUAGCCACUACAGCCGCUUCCUUCUCCGCACAAAGUUCUCCAAGCUGUAUCACCGAACAGAUUGCGUGCGGCACGUGCGGUCUGCACUGCUGGGGUCGCUGCUUCCGGUUCUCACCACCCCUGCUGUCUCCACAGCUCUCAGCUGCGGGCUCUCCACCUACCAGCCCCACAAGAGCAGGGUGGUUGGAGGAGAGGAUGCGAUCCCCAACAGCUGGCCCUGGCAGGUCUCCCUGCAGUACAGCAGUAGGAACGGUUGGUUCCACACCUGUGGAGGGUCCCUGGUGAACAGCAAAUGGGUCCUGACAGCUGCCCACUGUGUCAGCAACUCUUAUACGUACCGAGUGGUGCUUGGCCGUCACAGCCUCUCCACAGAUGAGUCUGGCUCUGUGGCCAUCUCUGUGUCCAGCUAUGUGGUGCACCCAAAAUGGAACACCAACCUCGCCAAUGGGUAUGACAUCGCCUUGGUCAAACUGGCUAAAGCCGUCACCCUGAGUGACAAGAUCCAGCUGGCCUGCCUUCCCCCUGCGGGCACCAUCCUGCCCAACAACUACCCCUGCUAUGUCACAGGCUGGGGCCGGCUGCAGACCAAUGGACAAAGCCCUGACAUCCUGCAGCAGGGACUGUUGCUGGUCGUGGACUACGCCACGUGCUCCAGCCGGACCUGGUGGGGCAGCUCCGUAAACACCAGAAUGGUCUGUGCUGGAGGAGAUGGUGUCACCUCCAGCUGCAACGGGGACUCUGGCGGGCCGCUGAACUGCCAGGCAGAUGACGGCUCAUGGCAAGUGCAUGGCGUGGUCAGCUUUGGGUCCACUCUGGGCUGCAACUACCUCCGCAAGCCGUCCGUCUUCACCCGGGUCUCUGCCUUCAUAGACUGGAUCAAUCAGGGCAGCAAUGUGGGGGCUGAGGAGAAGUGCUCUGGAGAGGACAGGAUGACAGGCGAGGCCGCAGCUCUGAGGCGGACGCCGCGUGGUGUCCACAGCUCUCUGGUCCUCCCCCUCUGCUCCUGGACGCUGCUCUCUGCUCUAGGCGCAGCUGAGGGCAGUGUAUGGCACGAUGAGGGACGGGAGUUGCCCGGAUCCAAAGUCCUUGACUUGUAG